GUCUGAAUGCAGAAUAUAAAGAUUUGGCAGUGCAGAGGAGACAUUACCACCAGCUCUAGUUCUAGCUCAGAAGAUGAAUCUGAGGCCAAACCCAAACCAGCAACAACUUCUGCAAAAAUUACCGCAGCUGAGACAAAAACGGUUCUGCCAGUGAAAUCUUUAUCCCCAGUUGAGGCCAAAAAGUCUUCCUCAACUAGUUCUUUGACAUCGUCUAGUUCUGAUUCUGAAUCUGAUUCCCAGGCUGAUAAGCUAGUACCAAAACCAGUUCAGUCAGUGAAACCUCCAUCUCCAGUUGAGGCUAAAAAGCCAUCACCUAGCACUUCCUCUGUGACGUCUUCUAGUUCUGAUUCUGAGUCAAGUUCAGAGGCUGACAAACCAGUACCAAAACCAAGGACCCCUUCACCUGAACUCAAGAGACCUGAACCCCAAAGAGCAACAGCACCACAUGCUGCAAGAGAGUCUUCUGGUUCAUCAAGUGAUUCAGAUUCAAGUUCAGAGGCUGACAAACCAGUACCAAAACCAAGGACCCCUUCACCUGAACUCAAGAAACCUGCAACCCCAAUGGCAGCAGCACCACAUGCUGCAAGGGAGUCUUCUGGUUCAUCAAGUGAUUCGGAUUCAAGUUCAAGUUUGUCUGAUUCUGAAGAUAAGUCUCCGGUCAAACAAGAUGUGGUAAAGCAAGAAGAGUCUCAACAAUCCAGCCCUAAAUUGGAGAAGAAACCUUUUGAAAUGCGUGGUGGGGGUAUUGCGCAACAACGAGACAGGGAAGAAACUGAAGACAGCAGCACUGACUCGAGUUCGAGUUCAGACUCUGAGAGUGACUCUGAGGAAAAGGCUAAACCUAAAACUGCUACUGAUGAAAGUGACCACAAUUAUGGAGGCCAUGACCCAGACAACGUGGCCCAAUCCAGUGGGUCAAAGGACGGAAGUCUAGGCCUGACAUCUGUGCCAGCGCCUAAAGCCCAUUUUGGAAGCAUCUUGCCCAUGGUGGAGGGAGAUACAGCCCUGGAGCUUAGUGGGGUGAAACUGACUGAUUCCCAGGUGGCGGAGUUAUCAAACUUCAUCACUAAGAAUCAUGACCUAAAAUCGGUGACUCUGCGAAACUCUGCCCUGGAGGACACUUCCUUCCUCAGUCUGGCCCGGGCCCUACAGAUGAGCCCCUCUAACCCCUCCAUUGUGAACCUGGGCCUUAACAAUCUCGGGCCCGAUUCCAUGACUGCCUUUGCAAAUGUUAUCAAGAACAAACCAGCCAUGGAAGUGAUUAUCCUGAAUGGUAAUCCAUUGGGUGACGUAGGCUGCAAACUGCUCUGUGACGCACUCAUAAAAACCAAGGACCCGUUCCCAUUCUUACGGCGCACCUCCGGGUACCUUUCACCUGCUGAGGCACGGCAACAAAAGGACCAGGGCAAAGAGGUCAAAUACGAUUCACACAAUGAUGAGGGAUGUAAUCUAAAGCAGCUUGAUUUGUCCGAAACGAAAAUAGGCGACGCAGGCAUUGGGGAAAUUUCACGCUUUUUGGAUUCAAAUAAAACUCUGACAUCGCUAAGUUUGAACGGUAAUACGGCUGUGACUGCCUCCGGAUGGGAGCGCCUGGGCCAAGCUAUGAAGAAGAAUACUACGCUGAAAUCAAUGUCAAUAGACCAUGCAGGAAUAGGCGACACAGGGUUAGAGGGCCUGGUUAAGGGGCUGAGGGUCAACGUGGGUUUGAGAUCACUGGAACUGGAGCAUGCGGGGCUGACAGAGAAAGGGGGACUGAUCCUGAGGGACCUGGUGAAAGGGAAUACAUCCAUAGUUGACCUCUCUAUCACCAGAGGGAAUGAUAUUUCAGAAAACAUGGUAGAGGAAAUCAGAAAGUAUCUGGCUCUUAAUAGAAGUAUGCUGAGCUAAUAAUAUUUGCCUUUAUUUUAUUUUAAUACUAUUUUUUUUUUUUUUCAAGUUUUACACUUUGUCUAGCUAGUUUAAAGUUAUAAGCAAAUAGUUUUGGUAUAAACAACAGAUUUUGUUAUAGAUAAACUUGCUUAAAAAUGUUUUCUACAAUAAUCAUGAAAAAAACACUUAUUUUAAUUGCACACUUAAAUAUAAUAUUUAUAAAAAUUAAGACUAUAUAUACAUAUUAAUUUCAUACACAUACAAUUUAUAUGUAUUUUUAAUGCAUGCAUUUGUAGGACUGUACAUGUUGUCACAUUAAUAGAUAGUAAAAUUUGUUUCACAGUUUCCAAUUUUGACAAAAUCAUACACCCAGAUUGUAUAGAUAUAAUACAUUCUAAAAAUGCUAAAUAAAUAUAUAACUAAAUAAGGUGAGUUUCCUCUGUUCCAAAACUUUGCCUUAAAAUGUUGUUUCUUGGUUAGGCAACAGAGAAAUCAUAAAAAACAACUGAAUUAAAAAAAAGCAAAUUUUUUUCUAAAAAAUAUAAAGAUUUGUUCCUUGAAUGGAUUUUAUUGAUUUCGUUUUUCUGCACAAUUUUUUAUGGUAUUUUAAUUUCAUGGUGCAUGACUAGAACAACGUUACCUAUUUCAAUAGUGUCACUGUAGAGUCUGCUAGUCUUUAUGUGUUUGUAUCUGAGACCGAUGUUAUGUGUAUGAGCUGCGGUCUGUGAAAAGGGGGUUUAAUGCUUAAUGCAUGUAUGAAAAAGGCUCAUCAGGGACGGCACUUUCUGCCUAAACUGAUUUUUUUUGCUAAGAAGAGACUUUCUGUAAACGAAAAAUAUCAUUAAAGCUCAAAGUGUUGUCCCUGAUUAGCCUGUGCAGUCUGCACUGGCUAAUCUGAGGUGGCAUUUUGGGCACAAACAUCAAACCCCAUUUCACAGAGCAUGCUCCAUAUUAUGUUUGUUUUUUCAUGUUUCUUGCUGUCUGGCAUCAUUUUUAGUUACUACAUUUAUAGAUUCACUUAAAAUGUAUUAUGUUCUUCAUUCAUUGCCCUAGUAUGUAUUUUAAGUAGUUUGUUAUGCAAAAUUGAUUUCUUUGGGAAAAUACUUUACAGGAUCAUAUUCUUUUUGUUGACAUUAUGGCUAGUUGUUUGUAAACAUAUCUUUGCGACAAUAUUUAAGUGUGUGUUUGUUUAGUGCAAAAUAAUCUGAUACCAAUAGUUGAUCCUUUGUAUGCAUUGCUAUUUAUAUCUGUGUUUGUUAAGGCUUCAUCAAAAUAAACUAGACACAUGUUUGACAGUGAGUGGACAGUAAUGAUGUUAACCCUAUGCAUGCUGGGAAAAUUUUUCGUCUGCUAAAAUGUUGUCAUUGUUAGCAUUUUCUUCAUUUUUUUUCAAAGAAUACUAUAAGAAUAGCAAGCAGUAUGGAUCCUGAUGAGACGCCACGUUCUGUGGCCUCUCAUCUGGAUUCAAACUGUUUGCAAAGGCCUUCAAAAUUCGAUUCCAGCAUUUAAAGAGUUAAAAAGUAAAUUAACAGCAUUGCAUGAUUUAAUGUUACUAUCAACUUUUAUUGAAACAUUUGUUUCAAUACCUCAAUGCUAGGGAUUUUAUUCUAGAUGUGUAGUAUGCUCCAAGUAAUAUUGCAACAUAAUUUCAUUCAUUUGCUCUUUUUUCUGUGUAUUUUAGAUUUUGUUAUUUUGUGAUGAACUGAAAGCAUUUAUAGUUAAUGUUCACGGUCAUGUAGGUAAUUUUAGCUGCAAAACAUCAAAGCUCUAGCUUGUUAAAGUGGAUAAUGUCUCUUAAAAACAAGAUGUUGUUGAAAAUUUGCUUAUGACUGACUUUCAAAGGUAUAAUAAGUACAUUUCUUAUACUUUAAAGUGCCAGUCCACAAGUUCUUAAAAAAUAAUUAUGCAGAAAUAUUUAUAUGGAUAUGUUACAAAUAUGAACCCAUCAGAAUAAUAAUGUGAUAAUAAUCAUAUAGUUUCUACACAUGGUGUGCGAUACUUGGAAUAAAUCGAGUGAGUUCAAUAAUUUUAAUUUUAUUAAAUUAGCAUACAAUAAAGUACAUACUCUGUUCAGAAAUACCUCAUUCAAACUGAAACACAAUGUCUUCCUAACAAACCAAACAGAUUUUAGUGAAGUAAAGUUGUUUUCUUUCAUUUGAACUGAAGACACAUUAGCAUGUGUUGAGUAACUGAGAACUUGUUUGUGUUGAUUUUGUGUGAAGACUGAUCUACCAGUUAAACAUAAACCUCUGGAAAAAUGACAAAUGCAAAUUUUUCCUGUGUUUUUGUUGUUCUAAAAUCAGAAAUCCACAAAAAAGCGAUUUUUUUUAAACCACAAAGUGUUGUUCUUAAGAAUAUGAAUGAUUUUACAGUAUUUUGAUUACACAGCGGCUUCCAACUUGUUGUAAUUAUUUGAACUUAAAUGUUUUGCUCAUUGUAAGUAUUUUCGGUAAAUUGUGAUAUUUUGUGACAUUCAAUCAUGGAUACAAAGUUGGGUGUGUUUACAGCAAUGUUGUCAUUGUUUACAGUGGUAAUGUUCCUGUAAAUAUCAUUUUAAGAUUUGCAAUCUAUGUUAAAUAUUCUGUAUGUAUAUGGUUGUGUGAUUGCAACAAUGGAUUGAAUGCGCUGUUAGUUAAUUGUUACACAUGCAUAGAAUUAUUGUCUGUGAUCACUUAUUAAAAAAGUAUUUUUAUAAAUGUAAUGAACAGUUUUAUUUUUUAAUCAUUGUUGUUAAAUUUGCUUUUUACAGUUAAUUUAGUUCUUUGACUUUUAACAGGUGAACAAUUAGUGAAUUGUCUAAGUGGUAACAUGGCACCGUGUAUUUGCAUAUGGCAAUGAUUAUUAUCUAUGCGAGCCGUGCUCUGGGAAAAUGGGGCUUGAUGCAUGUGCAUUAAGUAUCAUACCUGAUUAGACUGUGUAGUCUGAACAGGCUAAUCAGGGAGGACACUUUCCGCUUGUAAGGUAUUAUAGUUAAAUGAAGUCUUUUAACAAAGAUCCAGUUUAGGCAGAAAUGUUGUCCAUGCACAGACUAGCUAAUCUGUGACACCACUUGUUGCUGAUGCAUUUAGCCCUGUUUUCCAAGAGCAACCCCUAUUUUUUCACUUGAUGCUUCCUAGAGAUUUUUAAAUGGAUAAAAACAUGAAGUUUAUGGCAUUUAUUAUGGUAGGAACUUUUUUUCAGGUCAUUUUAUUGUUUUGGUAAAUAAUUAUGUUUAAUUAUGUUUAAAUCUCUUUUACCUUACUUAAUUAGUCUACUACAGUAAAUUGAAUUGUGUUAGGUUUUUAUGUCCCCCACCACUCUAGUGGGGGACAUAUUGUUUUUGCGCUGUCCAUUGGUUUGUUUGUUUGUUUGCCCCAACUUUAACAUUUUGCAAUAACUUUUGCAAUAUUGAAGAUAGCAACUUCAUAUUUGACAUGCAUGUGUCUCUCAUGGAGCUGCACAUUUUGAGUGGUGAAAGGUCAAGGUCCUCCUUCAAGGUCAAAAGUCAAAAAAACAAAUCCAAGGAAAGUAAUAAGCUUUAAAGGGAGAUAUUAUCUGAACCUGCCAAAUGAUAAAAACAAUAAAAAUUAAAUCAAAGCUGCGCAGUAGUGUAUCUGACAAACACAUUUCUUGUUUAUUAUGAUUUAUGCUAGAUCUGUGAUAUGUAGGAGUUUUACAAGUUGUUUCGAUUUUGCUUUAGUACUUUUUUGGUAGAUGUUUUGAUGUCUUUAUUUUUAAUUAGUUUGUAGUCAGUUUACACUGUUUUACAGGGUUUUUUAAUCAGUAAGAAAGGAAACGACACUUAUGAGGUAUUUCAAGUAUUCUUUAGUAAAAUUAUAUUUGUAUUUGAUAAAUUGGAAUUAUUUUUAUUAUGCUAAAACUAUAAGAAUUCCAUGCCACCAUAAAUUGAAACAUGAAUUUUGCUUAUUUCUUUGUUCCAUCAAGUUAACACUAAUUUAGAUCACUAAAGAUGUGAAGCUAAGCAUAGAUUAAUGUUAAUACUUAAUAUGACACAUACCCUGUUUGUAUGAAAUUUUGAACAACGAUGCUUGAAGAUAUUUGUUAAUUGCUCUAGGUUUGGUCGUAUAUCACAGAAUUCUGUAAAUCAAUUUACUUUUUCAUGUACCGAAAUGGUCUGUUCACAUGCGAUUGUUGUUUUACGUAGAUAAUGAUAACUUAAGUGGCAUUUGAACAUUUUGAACAGAAAUCAUUUCAUAUGCAUGCACAAAAUGAUCUGAUAUUUUCACUGGUAAGGUUAAAGCGGGUAUAUACGAUUUUGUCAAAUAUUUAUGAAUUUCUAUAAACUAUGUAAAAAACUUAUUAUAUAUAUAUUUCAAUAUAAAUAAAAAUAAAAGUUAAGAAGAACAUGUGUCGAAAAAUUCGAAAUAAGCCAGAUAUUUAAUUCUGAAAUUGAAAACGGCUGUACAGCCGAAUUCGCCAGCAUGUAUACCAUACAUGUACGAUGUGCAUCUAAAAUUAGUUUAACGGUUUAUUUGAAUUCCUGCAACGAUAUCUAUUCAUACGACACACGAACACUAUCUCCGAUCCUAAAACAAAGACGAAUGCUUCGGUUAUUGUAGGAAAAUAUGUACGUCACUAUCGGCUCGGGGCGCUAAUUUGUCUUUGCUGCAUUUUAUGAAAUUCGGCUUUAAUGUUUAAUUUUUCUUGCCUAUUUUGUGUUAUUGUGACAUAUUUUAUCAAUAUAUUACUAUUAAACACAUAUAAAAAAUCGUAUAUACCCGCUUUAACAAAAGUGAGAUUUUGUACAUGUAUUAUGUUUCCUUAUAUAGAUAUGGAUCUGACGGUAGUUGCAUUGGCUGAAGUCUUUACACAUUUUGCAUUUUAUUGCUUUAUUGUAUUCUUAGUCUGUAAUAAAGGUAAAAUAACUUA